AUUUGCAUACUGCGCAGUAUUUAUAGUGUGAUUGCCUCCGCAGUCAUCACUCAGCUCCUCUGCAGACCAGACGUGCAUCACCUCAUCUCUCCGACUCAAACCCAGAGCCCCUGCAAAUAUGUCUGACAAACCUGAUAUCUCUGAAGUCGAAAAUUUCGACAAGACCAAGCUGAAGAAGACAGAAACCCAGGAGAAAAACACCCUGCCAACCAAAGAAACCAUCGACCAGGAGAAGACGUCAUAAUGAAGAGCUGUGCAUUGUACAUUCCACAAGCCUUACCUCUUUUCUGUUCAAAUGUGCAUUCCAGUUGAGGUGCUUUAAACCAUGGCUGUUGGGCCAGUACACCACUCACUCGCCUAAUGUCACUCUGUACAGUAAGGAAGUGUGGCUUGUCUUCAGCAUGGGUUCCUGGUCAUCUGCUGCUGUGGAUGCAUCUCUUAAGUGUGUUGUUGGGAGAGGAUGUGUCAUGAAUCAACUGAGGGACCUACUCUUCCCUAUGAUAUGUAACCCCUCUGGCCACUUGUGAAUGCUCACAUGGCAAACAGUUUUGUAAGAAAAUCUGGAAUGCACAAGCUUGUUAAAUAUGCAAAAUAAAAAAAUGUGAACUGGC